AUGACGUCCCGCAGUUACACAAAAUCUUACAGCCGUAAGGUCAGUAGUAUGACACCUGGGAGUAUUCAAUUUGAUAAGCUUUUUAGGGAAAAUAGCAAUCGACCUUCUGCUGCUAAAUCAGCAGGUACUGUUGGAAAAUGGGGUAUAACAUCAUUUACAUCUAUCAGGAGCACCAAUAUCAAUGGAAGAAGAGAUGAUAUCCAUAAUACAUUUGGUGCAAAGAGAAUAAAACUUGACUAUGGAAAUCAAAAUACUCGUGUAAAUUCUGGGAAAGAUCCAUUUUCAUUUGAAACAGACCCUGACAAUAAAUCAGAUGUUGCACCACCAGUUAAUAAACCUAAGAAAUUUUUUAAAAGUAGAAAUGUUCCACCUACAGUAGAAGAAUCUCGCCAGGAUGUGGCUAUAUAUAGACAAGUACCUGAUUCACACUAUGGUAAAGCACGUACCCAAAAAAAUUGUCCACAGCCACCAGCAAAACAAACCUUAACAAAAGUAUCAAGUAUUCCACCUAAGAAAGUAGCUGAUACUUUAGAUGGAACUAAUAAUGAUCCACCCAGUAGAGAAGAAGGAAAACCACCAAUUGUAUUAAGAAUAUGUAAAGGUACAGCACGACUAGUCUGUGGAAAUGUGCAGAAUGCUCAAGAACCUGAGCCUGAAACAUACAGAAUUUCUACACCACUUAUUAGUCCCACUAAAGUAGAUAUUGAACCGAAAAAUUUCAAUGUAGAUACAUUAAAAACUGAUCACAAAACGGUUCGUCCGCAUGAACCUAUUAUUUCUACUGUUUCAAUACCUUUAGAAAAUUCUGAGAUGCGUAGAACUACUCGUAGUCGAGCAAAAAAUCUGCAUUUAGAGUUAACAACCACAACAACAGCGACAACAACAACUUCUGUUAUGUCUACGGCAUCGGUAACACCUAGUUCACAUAGUUCUGGUCUUUCUUUAACUCUUAGAAAAUCUGUUACUGAUUCUAAUAAUACACUAAUAUCUCAUUAUGAUAUUGUUAAGACUGAUUGUAGUUCAACGUAUUCUUGUAAGCCAACAAUUGAACCAUUAAUUGGCCGUGAUCAACCACUGCCAACUACAACUCAAGAAUUAAUCGACAUAUUAUCAAGUGAUUCUGAUCCUAUGCAAACAAGGCCAAUAAUGAUAAAUGCUUCAGAGACUGAAGAAAAUGCAGAGGCUGUUCAAAAUGAAGUUCAGCAUUGUUCAAUAGAUAUUCCAACAAAUGAAGUAGUUCCUAAACCUACUUCAGAACCAGAACCAGAACCAGAACAUGAAGCAGAACCUGAACCAGAACCAGAACCAGAAUUAGAACCUGAUACUGAAACAGAAGUAGAACAACCAACUCGUACUAGUGAUAAUGACACAGCUACAGCAAAAACUUUAGUUGAUCAAGAUUGGUUUUCUGGGAGUGAUGACAGUGAAGGUGUCAGUGGUAAUGCAGAAAAUGAUGUGGCAUUACAUGUAACAAGUACAGUCACAGAAUCACAGUCAUUAAAUGCUCCCUGUACUACUGUACAGAAACCUGCUACUAAGAAAGGUAGCAUCUUUAAAAGUCGUUCAACAGGUGCAACCAAUGGAAACAAAAGACGAGCAUUGUACAAACACAAGUGGUGUGAUAGUGAUAAAGAAUCUAAUACUACAGAUAAUACUAAUACUGGUAAUAGCACACCAACUAUUGCUUCAGGAUCCCAUGGUGGUACAGGACCUGUUGCCUAUGGAGAAGAAUUUGAUGCCUCAAAACUUACAAGAGUGGUAACAUAUUCUGAAGUUGAUGCAGACUUUGCAGACGAAUCUGAUGUUGUAACAAGUGUUCGUUGUGGCAAGAAAGUUAAGGGUUUUUACACUGUAGUGAAAAAUGUAAAGAAGGCGCAUCAGAUUCAAGAGAGUGGAGAAUUUCAAGAGUUUAAUGACGACGUUGAAUAUAUAUUAGACACUUUAAGAGAAAAUAAUCCCAAUGCUACUCGUUGCCUUUCCGCUAUACGAUUAGCAAGCAAAUGUAUGGCACCUGCAUUUCGUAUGCAUGUACGUGCUCAUGGAACUGUUGCUAAAUUCUUCAAAGCUCUUCAUGAUGCAACUAAAGAUCAGAGUCUUGCCUUAUGUACAGCAACAGUAAUGUUCGUAUUAAGUCAAGAUCGUUUGGCUAUGGAUUUAGAUCGUGAUUGUUUGGAAUUAAUGUUAAGUUUAUUAGAAUCUGAUGCAAGUCACAAAGAUGCACUUGAUGAUUGUGGCCUUAGCAGGGCAGAACUCUUAAAAAAUAAAGAGAAAGUACGUCAGUUGUGUGCUGAUAUUCAAGCUCAAGGGCAUGCAAAACAUUUAAAUCUUGAUAAUAUAACUGUUGGUCAGCUUGCUAUGGAGACGCUUCUUAGUCUUACAUCAAAACGUGCUGGUGAAUGGUUCAAAGAAGAACUUAGAGAACUGGGAGGCUUGGAACAUAUUGUAAAAACAAUCCGAGAUUGUCAUCGUCAUAUUAAUACCCAAGAUAUUACAAGAUCUGGUUGGACAGAUCCAUUAUUAGAUAAAUUACGUAAAGUUGAUAGAUGUUUGCGUGUAUUAGAAAAUGUUACUGAUAUGAACGAAGAAAAUCAAGUAUAUUUAUUAAAAUAUGAAAAUGGAAUUUUAGUCAGCACUUUAGCAAAUUUGUAUCAUCUCUGUGGACAAGAAAUUCCUAUUUACCCUACUAUAGAUUCAAGUGAUAAAACUUCUACUGGUGCUGUUAUUAGAGAAUGUCUGUUUGCUAUUAUAAAAGUUCUUAUUAAUCUCACGCAUCGAUUUAAUAGACAAUCUUUCGGAAGCAAAUCAUUAGGCUCGCAACCAGGUGUCUUAGAUUGUAGUUUAUAUCUUUUGUUGCGUGUCCCAGAAUCACUUCCUGAAGAAAAACGUUUUGAUAUGAUGAUGUUAGCUUUGAUUCUGCUGAUAAAUUUAGUAGAGCAAUGUGACGAUAAUAAACAGCUUCUUAUCGAAUCAAAAGCUCCCCCCUCAACAGAAGAUAUUUUUGACGCUGAGCAAAGUGGAGUGGAAUGUUUGAUUGAUCUAUUUUAUAAACAAGAAGAAUUAGCUCGUGCCGAAGAGCAGAAAACAGAUGCUAUUUUAGAUGGUAAAAAAGACUCUGAACAAACAGAAACUGUAUCAACAACAACUAAAUCUCAAGAAGAGUUUAUUGAAGAAACUGUUACAAAAUUGUUACAAAAAGCGGGACGUCAUAUGGAACAUACUUUAAUAGGAGCAUAUGUAGUGCUUUUACUUGGUUACUUAAUAAUGGAUAAUAAGGACUAUGAAUCAUUGGUACGUAGUAGACUUCCAGAUAACAAUUUUACUACCAUGGUAUCUGUACUUCAGAAAUUUUUCAAUUUCAUGAAUUUAACUGCGUCGAAUGAAGUAAGCAGCUGUGGAAUUGCUGCUACUGAAAAGGUGAUCAAGUUCCUAAAGAUAUCAGAUGCCAGAAUUGACGACGAGAAAAAUGAAUUACCGCUAUCAGCGUUAGAAGAUUCAAAUAUGAUGCUCCAUUUAUCUUCAUCUUGAUUGAUAUAUUCACACAUUUGAUAUUUUUUAUUACCCUGGCAUGCAAAAAGAGCCAAAGUUAUAUGUGUCCAACGAAAGAAAUUUUAUCUAUUACAGAACGAAUGGUUCUGUUUCAUAUUGACCAUAUAUUUUGAUAUAUAUUUAUUCAUUUACAUAAUUUAUUGCUGUACCUUUCAUUAAAUUUACUUACUUUUCCCACUUGCAGUAACACAUUAGAUAUUAAGCAUAAAUUAAUUAGUCAUGCAAAAAUUUAUUACAAUAAAAACCGCGCCUUGUAAUUACGCGUAUGGUUCAAUUAAGUUUAUUGAUAACAUAUAUGUAAUAAUAUUAUUUUAAUUGCUUUGCCAAUCAUCAAUGACUAUUCAAGAAAAAGUUUUGACUGUCAAGAAGAAUAACAAAAUGUAAACUUCUUGCCAGGUUAUCAUUUGUUUGCUGUAUAAUAAUGCAUAAAUUUUAAGUUUCACUGUUUGGAAAUUUCACUUUGUAUUUUAAGUUUUAAUAAGCGAUUGGCGGUGUUGGGGUUUAUUAUAACCCGUUAAACUUUGAGAAAGCAUUAUUAUGUAAGUUUAUUUUAAUAUUAAAAUUAUACUAUAAGCCUUGUAAA